UACAUACAUUUAGGAACACCAUUGACGUUGCAUCUCCCAUUUUGGUGAAUGUUAAUGAUGUGUAACAUGUAGGCAGCAAGGCAGCCAGUUGCCGUAUCAUGGCAAAUAACAACAACUCCGGGCACUACUCAGGCUGGUUGGGGGGGUAUGCUAAAAGUGUAGCGGGGACUGUGUCCGCUUUUACUCAGGACAUACUCGAGGAAACAAGAGCUGACACUCAAGAUGUCAACUCUCUGUUGAAGGUAUCCAAUGAGAGAGUAGUUGAAAGUGAGGGUAAAAUACAAUCUCUCGAAUCAGAGAUAAGUAAAUUGAAAAGGGAUCUAGCUGAAGUGAAUGAAGACAGAGAGGUUACUGAGUUACAGCUGCAAGAAGUUGGUGAUAGAUGGAGAUCUAUAUUGAACGAGAAGGAGGAGGAAUUUAAAGCACUGAAGGACCGAUUCUCUGAGCUGGAAAAUGAAAAAUCAGUGAAAAAAGCUACACGUUUACGAAAUGUGUCUGGUGAUAUUGACUUCAGUGAUCCCUUCAUGUGUGAAAUGGAAAUAGGCAGACUUAUCGAUGAAAAUCAGAUGCUAGUUGCUCAGGCAGAAAAACUAUCUUCCAAGUCCAAUUCGCAAACAUCAAGGACCGAGGAAAAUGGAGAAAACGAAUCUAAGAUAAUGGAAUUGCAAGCACAGUUGAGGUCCGUCUACAUGGAGCACCAGAACGAGUUAGCGCUAAAAGACCAGGAAACUGAACGUGCUAUUCACAAUUUAAGGGAGGAAUUUCAGAGGAGCAAUGAUGUAGACCCUUACUCAAGACGCUCAUCGCAUUCUGAAUCUGAAACCGACGCGGAACUGCACAGGAAAUAUUCUGAGCUACAGUUCCAGUUCAAACGAGAACAAGGCUAUUUCAAACAGCUGGAACAGGAAAAGCUUGAGCUAGAAACUAAGCUCCAGGAAUUCAAAGACUCUUUCUCAAAACUAAAAUCUGAGAACUCAGUCUUGAACGAUCGUGUGACAGAGUUAGACGAGUGCAAAAAGCAUGUUGUUUCAUUAGAGGAGAAGAUUGUUUGUUUGGAGCAAGAUGCCGCCAAAAAGAAUGAAUCUCAUGCCGGGAUUACUCAAUACGAAGCUGUGAUAGACAACUUGAACUCUCAGAUGGGCGAGAAAACAGUUGAACUGACCAGCAUAAGAUCUAAAUUAUCGCAAACUGAAUCCUUAUUAUCUAACAGGGACAAAGAGAUUCACCAACUGCGAAUGGCACUUAACACUGUUCAAAGUGAAGAUUUCCAAGAACUGAGGGGACUCGUCGAUUCCCUCAAAAUGCAGGUUGACGGAUAUAAAGAGACACUGAAAGAGACCGGCCACAAACUUCUCCACUCCAACCAGAAAGUUGAGACACUCUCCACUCAAGAAGUUGAGUUGAAAGCCACUGUCUCCUGUCUCCAAACUGAAACAUUGAGACAGAGUGAGACUAUACGAGACCUCCAACUUCAGGUUAGAACAAAAGAUGAUUUCAUAUCAGAAUUACAAGAAUCUUCUUCAUCACUGAGAAGGUCUGGAUCGGACACCACAGAGAAACUGGAGGCUCUUCAGAGUGAACAUCAGACAGUAGUUAGACUGUGUAACCAGCUCAAAGCAGAAAAAUUAGAAUUAGUGGUAGACUCAAAGAAAGUUCGGGAAGGAAGCACCAAACUGCAAAAGGAAAUGAAGCGAAUAUCAGCGGAACAAGCUCGAAUCCAACAAAAUGGGCUAUCUUUCAUCUUGGAGGCUCAACUAACCGAAUCUCAGAUGGUAGAGAUCAAAGAGAUAGUAUCGGGAGAGAAACCGACGGAUAGUGAAUCUUGUAAUUCCUCAGAGAUGAGGGAACUGAAGCGAAAGCUAGCGGACAAGUCGGAGCAACUGCGCAUGCUGCAAGGUAAAAUCUCCAAGCUGAAGUCUGACCAGGAAGAGAUGAUAUCACCGUCAGAACACGACACAGCCUUAUCAGAUCUAAAAUUGGCACACAACGUCAUGGUUGCGUCUCUAAAUGAACAAAUCGACAACGCUGGUAGAGAAUGUGAAGACCUGAACCUACAGAUUGUGAUUUUGGGGGAGGAAAACUCAAAGCUGACUGUAGAAAAUAUUGAACUGAAAAAUGAGAUGGCUGAGAAAUCUGAAAAUGAGAAAUCGGUGGCUGAGAUUUCGACUAUCUCUGCAGAUAAAGAGUUUGAGUUUGAGAAGACGAUGAUUGAAUAUACGGAGAAAGCUCAAAAAGAAAAAACCCGGCUGCUAAUGGAAAUAGAGAGACUAAUGGACGAGACCUCGGUUGUAGAGGAGGAGUACACAACAGUGGUGUCAGACAAAGAGCGGUUGGAGGGACAGGUUGAGGACCUGAAGGGGGCUGUGACCACUGUUCAGAGUGAGAAGGAAAAUACGGAAAAUAAACUCGCUAAAGUUUCAGAAAACCUGAAGAAAGCACUAGCUCGACUGGAGGUUAAAGACGCUAAGAUAGAAGAACUGUCAGAUCAGGUGACCGGGGUGGAGAAGAAGCUGGUCGAGUCAAAUGAGCUGGUGGCGUUCUUCAGGAGCAACCAGACUGACGAAUACAAGGCCGCAAGAUUGGGACUGAGUGAAGUUUCCACACCCUCCUCAACAGUCGAGACAGCGAAUUACGUCACAGGAAAUGACGUCACACCGUACGUAUCCAGUAACGUCACAAGUUUGACACAGCAAAUAGAGGAACUAACUCAGAAAGUCAGGGACGCUGAAGCGAGAUGUGGAAAGCUUGCGGAGAUUGUUAGGGACAAAGACUUAAAGCUGGAUUUAAUAGAGGCUGAGAUGCUGAGUGCAGGAGACGCGUCUCUCAGUGAAGCCGAAACGAAUAAGCUCAUAGACCAAAACAUGAGGCUACAGAAAGUUUGCACAAAUACGGAUAAGGAGUUGGAAAGUAUGAAGCAGCAGAACUUGGAGAUCAUCCACCAGCGAGACUUUUAUCAGGAUCAGGCCAAGAAGCUUCACGAAAGCAUGGAAGCCCUACGAGCGGAAGCUAACAAACUGAUAUCAGAUGUCAAUGAUCGUGAGCAGAAGACCGCGACCGAGCUCGAAAGGCUGCAGGAGCAUCUGGUAAAAGCUGAGGAAACUCACACUGAGGAUUAUUUGUUAGCCACACGAAGCGAGCAGGAUCUCCGGGCUGAGGUGGCUGGACUUAGAGAACAGAUACUCACUGCCAACCAGUCUCUUCAUUCUGUCAGAGCGGAGAGCUCCCACAAGAUAUCAGAGUUGACAUCCCAAGUGCACGUGCUGACUAAACAGCGCGACACCGCGCUCCAACAAGUCAGCUCUGCGGGGGACUCGGCAGCGUCCUGUCAGUCAUCUCUCUCCAACCUUCAAAUUGUUCUGGAACAAUUCCAGCAAGACCGGGAAGGGUACGCAUCAGAGAUUCAGCAUCAGUACAAGAGGGAUUUAGAUGUGAUGACCGGCAAGUUGGAUGUUGCUAAUACUACCAUAUCUAAACUAGAGGCUCGGGUAUCAGAGAUCAGAAUUAUCGAGGAGGACUUUAAAGCGUCAAGAGAGGACUCCAAGUCGAAGGACGAUAGGAUAAAAUCCCUGCAACACGAGGUGUCAAAGUUGGACGUGGCACUUAAAGUUGCCCAGGAGGGUCUCCAGAAAGUACGGACCACGGCAGAAGACAAAGUUGAGCGCUCCCUCAUCAAAGCGUUCUUCACCCAAUACAUCACCGCACCUGAUAACAGGAAGCCAGAAGUACUAAAGUUGAUGACCUCUAUUCUAAAUUACUCUGAGGAGGAGUUGGAAGUGUUACAGAGAAGUAAGGAUAAGAAGUGGCUGUCCAGUUUGUUAGCUCCUGCCUCUCUGGGUGGUGCUGGUGACAAGGAUGCUCUCCCUGGACAGAGUUUCUCCGAACUUUUCGUCUCAUUCCUGGAAACUGAAGCGAACAGAGGAGCCAUAAUGAGCAGCCGAGGAGGGUCAGUUACCACCCCAACCCCACAGCGGUCCACCAGCGCUCUGUCCCAUCACAGAUCUCCCUCUAGUUCCUCCACCACUCCCUUCCACCAUCAGAGAUCCCCCAGCAGUGCAUCCAACACCUCAGCUCAGUCAGCGCCUGUGACAACCUCAAAAGACAGCUCUGGUACAGUAGUGGACACCACCACCGCCGCGACGUCCCUUUUAGCUGGAGCUUUGCCUGUUGGGAAUACCACACCUUUAGUGGUUCCGGCCUCUCUGGCUGACCUUCUUGGUAACAAGCCCCGUUGAGGGAGCGAGAGAUAGUGAGACAGUCACGAGACAGUCUCGAGACAGCCCUUAAUCCUUAUCAGCUGACCACACUCCGCAUUGGAAUGCUUCCUGGAGAAGAAGGAGAAAAGGUGUCGUCACCAUCUUGUGGACUGAUACCAGGGCAGAAAAUGUGUGCCGAAAUGUGUGACCAGGACUGUUUUUUUGGAAAGUUAUUUAUUACGAUUCAAUUUUGAUGUUAUGAAUUUCAGUUUAAUUAUUUCGAGUUGAAUUCUUUUGGGCUUCGUAAUUUAAUGUAAAUUGGUUAGUGUAGAAGACUCUUAUCUUUUAUCGUUUAUCGUUUUGCCGAAGGAAAAACAGCGUAUAUGCAACACAGUUGCUUUAACGUUAAUAUUCUCAUAAGGGAAGUUUAACUAUAGAAGCCGUAGACAAUCACUCCAUUUUUGUUUAUGUUGUUUUUGCUUUCUAUUAAAUGCUGAUAUAUUCUGAAAUUUCCUUGAUUUAAACUUGACGUCAUGUUUCGGUUUAACCUUGAUUAUAAAUUGUCGACUUUAUUUAUUGUUUUGCGUCAA